AAAGCGGUGGCAGCCGCGCACUUGGGGAAGGGAAGCCAGCUGGAGGGCGCGCAGCAGCGGAGCCGAAGACCGGCUGAGCAGAACUCCGCCGAGGUUAGAGGCACAAGGCAGGAAUUCUGACGCUCUCAAGAGACCCUUCUCUGCCAGCUUGGCUCAACUGCCCCUACGAUGUGGACCCUGCUCCUCAGGGACCGGGCUGGAGUUUUAAAAUAAAAUGGAUGAUUUGACGUUACUUGAUCUUCUGGAGUGCCCUGUGUGUUUUGAAAAGCUCGACGUCACAGCCAAAGUCCUUCCUUGCCAGCACACCUUCUGCAAACCAUGUCUACAGAGGAUUUUCAAGGCCCACAAGGAGCUGAGGUGUCCAGAAUGCAGGACCCUGGUGUUUUGCAGCAUCGAGGCGCUGCCGGCCAACCUGCUGCUGGUGCGUCUUCUGGAUGGCGUGCGUUCAGGGCAGAGCUCCGGGAAAGUGGGCUCCUUCCGCAGGCUGGGCGUGCUAACCUCACAGGACGGCAGAAAAAGCAGGACCAGCCCCAGAGGUCUGCAGGCCAGCCCUUUCCGGCCUGUGCCCAGUAUCAGAAUCCACAUGGACGGGGUGCCUCGAGCCAAGGCCUUAUGCAACUACAGAGGGCUUAAUCCUGGUGACCUGAGGUUCAACAAGGGUGACAUCAUUCUUCUCCGGAAACAGCUUGAUGAGAACUGGUACCAUGGGGAGGUCAAUGGCAUCAGUGGGAUCUUCCCAGUCAGCUCCGUGGAAGUCAUCAAGCAGCUGCCCCUGCCGCCCCCUCUCUGCAGGGCCCUCUACAACUUUGACCUGCGAGACAAGGAUAAGAGUGAGAACCAGGAUUGCCUGACUUUCCUCAAGGAUGAUGUCAUCACUGUGCUCAGCCGAGUGGAUGAGAACUGGGCAGAAGGCAAGUUAGGAGACAAAGUAGGCAUCUUUCCCAUCUUGUUUGUGGAGCCAAACUUCACCGCAAGACAACUUCUAGAGAAGAACAAAGGGCGCCCAUCAUCCCGCACAAAAAACCUGUCCCUGGUGAACUCAUCUUCCAGAGGCAAAGCGACCAACACGCCCACCCUCCGCAGGGUCCCAGGAUCCAGGAGGAAGGCACCAGGACAGUUUUCCAUCACAACAGCCCUGAACACCCUCAACCGGAUGGUCCAUUCUCCUUCAGGGCGCCAUAUGGUGGAGAUCAGCACUCCAGUGCUGAUAAGCUCCAGCAACCCCUCUGUGAUCACCCAGCACAUGGAGAAGGUGGACUUCCCUCCCAGCUCUGCAGCACAGGUCAGCACUUAUCAUCCUGCACCUGCCUCCCCAGGACAUUCCAUGGCCACGGUCAGUCUGCCCGGCUCCCAGCAACACCUCUCCACUAACAUGUUUGUAGCCCUACACUCCUACUCAGCCCAUGGACCUGACGAGCUGGACCUGCAAAAGGGAGAAGGCAUCAGGGUCCUGGGGAAGCACCAGGACGGCUGGCUGAGGGGCAUCUCCUUGGUCACUGGGCGAGUCGGCAUCUUCCCAAACAACUAUGUCAUCCCCAUUUUCAGAAAGACCUCUAGUUUUCCAGAUUCCCGGAACCCUGGUCUCUAUGCCACAUGGACAUUAUCCACCUCCUCUGUGUCCUCCCAAGGCAGCAUUUCAGAAGGUGAUCCCCAGCAAAGCCGUCCCUUCAAAUCCGUCUUUGUGCCCACCACUGUAGUCAACCCUGUGAAGAAUGCAACUGGAAAUUUAGGACAAGGGUCUCUUCGGAAAGGGCGGAGCAGCAUGAGAAAGAAUGGAUCCCUGCAGAGAUCGGUGCAGUCAGGGAUCCCCUCCUUCAUGGUGGGUUCCCUCAGACGCAAUCCCACCAUGGUGGUACAGCCUCAGCAGUUCCAGUUCUACCAGUCUCAGGGGAUCCCGUCCUCCCCAUCAACGGUGGUGGUGGAGAUGGGACCCACACCAACUCCCACUGGGGAGCCUGCCCUCACCUGCGUCAGCAGAGGCAGCGAUGCCAGGAUCCACUCGACAGCCAGUUCAGUCAUCAUGGAAGGCAAGGAAAUCCCCAUCAAGAGUGAGCCUCCGCCAAAACCACCCGCAUCUGCCCCACCAUCAAUCCUGGUGAAACCAGAAAACUCAAGAAAUGGCACCGAAAAGCAAGUUAAAACCGUGAGAUUUCAGAAUUAUAGCCCUCCUCCCACCAAACACUACACUUCCCAUCCCACCUCUGGAAAGCCUGAACAGCCAGUCACCUUCAAGGGGUCCCUGCCCGAAGCAGCCCCUUUGAGCUCAGAGAUGACCAUCCUAUUUGCCCAUCGAAGUGGCUGCCACUCUGGACAGCAGACAGACCUCCGGAGAAAGUCAGCUUUCACCAAGAUCAUGCCUCCAGCAUCCACUGCCUCAGCCACACAGACCGCAUUUCCCGGCAAAUGAAUCUACCGGUGGCUUUUCCUAGACCCCAAAGAGGUGAAUUGCAUUUAAAUACAAUCUGCAUCCAAUGAGGGCAUCCUACUGUUCUUUGGGAACUGGAGCACAGGUCUUUGUUCUGCCCAUUUUAUUUGUAGGAGAGGGAAGGUGGGAGAAGGAAUUCCUGCCCCAGGUUGGAUGGUCUUCCAAAUAACAAUUUGAUGCAGCAAGGCCAUCCACACUGUUCAGACUAAGGAGAGGGACCCACUUUGUCCUCCAGCAUGCAGU